CUCAAAUACUCACACAUUCGCCACCAACCAACAUCAUCGCUAAUUCCUUGCUCUCGCGCAUCGUAACACAGCGCAUCAGAACAACGCAUAUACACAUCACAUCCAUAUACAUCCAGUCAUCAUGUCUCGAUCACGAAUGCCCCUCGUCCUCGGCCUCGGUGCCGCCGGUGGUAUCGGCUACUACCUCUACAGUGCAGGCGGCAACGCCAAAGCAGCAGAGGCCAAGUUUGAGAGCGACGCCGACAGAGUAGCCGCAAAGAUCAAGGGCAAGCUCCCCGGCGACUCUCCCAAUGCCGAAAAGGAGUUUAAGAAAUAUGGCGAGGAAGCUGGCGCCAAGCUCGACAAAGCUUGGGCCGAUGCCGACAGAGAAGCCGGCAAGCUCAAGAGCAACGCAGAAUCCUACGCCAAGGACGCCAAAGGCGAAACCCUGAAAGCCAUUGACAAGUUUGACCGAAAGGUCGAGGACGGCGCCGCAAAGGCCAAGAGCGGCGUCUCGGGCUGGUUUGGGGGAAGCAGCAAAUAAGAAAGCCUUGUAAUACUAUUGUAAUUCCAGAUUGUGUGGGCAAAGGGUUCAGAAGAAAAGUAAUGAAGCUACAGCAGUCGAUGGAGGGGACAUGAGCAAGAUUGCGUCGUGUCUAUUUUAAAACCUGAUACCAGUAUAUCAUUUUGAGAAGAAAUAUGGAUUAAAGUCUCG